AUGCUGGCCGUCGCACGCCGCCAGGUCACGGUGCAGCGCACCCUUGCCUCUGCUCUCCGUCUCAGCACCUGGUCGACCGUCCCCGCCGGACCUCCGGACCCCAUUCUCGGCGUCACCGAGGCAUUCAAGGCCGACAAGGACCCGCGCAAGAUCAACCUCGGCGUCGGCGCGUACCGCGAUGAGCACGGCAAGCCGUACGUCCUCCCCAGCGUGAAGGAGGCCGAGAAGCGCUUGGCCGGCGCGCUCGACAAGGAGUACCUCCCCAUCACCGGCGACGCCAGCUUCACCAAGCUCGCUGCCAAGCUCGCCUACGGCCCUGACAGCACGCCGCUUGCCGAAAACAGGGUUGCGGUCACCCAGUCCAUCUCGGGCACCGGUGCCCUCCGGAUCGGUGGCGCGUUCAUGGCCCGCCAUUACCCGCACGCGAAGGUGAUCUACCUCCCCGUGCCUUCGUGGGGCAACCACACGCCCAUCUUCCGCGACUCCGGGUUCGAAGUGCGCGGCUAUCGCUACUUCGACAAGAAGACGGUCGGCCUCGACUUCGCCGGGCUCAAGGAGGAUCUCCAGAACGCGCCCAAGAACGCCGUCGUGCUCCUCCACGCGUGCGCGCACAACCCGACCGGCGUGGAUCCCACCCCGGAGCAGUGGAAGGAGAUCUCGGAUAUCAUCAAGGAGCGGUCGCUCUUCCCCUUCUUCGACAUGGCUUACCAGGGCUUUGCCUCGGGCGACACCACCCGCGACGCGUUCGCCGUUCGCCACUUCGUCUCCGAGGGCCACCAGACCGCGCUUUGCCAGUCGUUCGCUAAGAACAUGGGCCUCUACGGCGAGCGUGUCGGCGCGUUCUCGCUCAUCGCCGCCGACCCCGACGAGAAGGCGCGCGUGGAUUCGCAGCUGAAGAUCGUCAUCCGGCCGAUGUACUCCAACCCGCCCCUCCACGGUGCCCGCAUUGCGGCCACUAUCCUUGGCGACGCUGGGCUUUAUAAGCAAUGGGAGGGCGAGGUCAAGGGCAUGGCGGACCGCAUCAUUAGCAUGCGUGACAAGCUCUACGACGGUCUAGUUGCGCUUAACACCCCCGGCGACUGGAACCACAUAAAGCGCCAGAUUGGCAUGUUCAGCUUCACUGGUCUUACGCAGCCCCAGACCAAGGCGCUUGCUGAGAAGGCUCACAUCUACAUGACUGCUGACGGCCGUAUAUCUAUGGCCGGACUGAACAGCGGCAACAUUGAGUACUUCGCAGAGAGCGUCUCUAAGGCCGUCAAGGGUGAUCUCUGA